AUGAUAGAAGUAGUGUGUAAUGACCGUCUAGGUAACAAGGUUAGAGUAAAAGUGAAUAGCGAUGAUACUAUUGGUGAUUUGAAGAAGGUUUUAUCUGCUCAAAUUGGUAUCAGACCAGAGAAGAUUAGAUUACAAAAAUGGUACAAUGUUUAUAAAGAUCAUGAAAUCAACGAUGGAGACGGUUUAGAACUUUAUUCAGGGAGUGGAUGUAAUAUUCUAAAAUUCGAAUCUAGAACAAACGAACUACUCUUUUAA